AUGGCUGCCGAGUUCCCCAAGCAUCCCUUUCUGCUUUCAAUCCAGGAGGUUGAGCAGACUCUUGGUACCAAUGUUGAGAGGGGCCUCACCUCCGCACAGGUAGCUGCGUUGCAGCAAAAGUACCCCAAGAAUGAGCUCGAUGUGGGUGGCGGCAUUGCCUGGUACACAAUCUUCAUCCGCCAGCUAUGCAAUGCCAUGAUCCUCGUGCUCUUCUUUGCAAUGGCGCUGAGUUUCGGCGUCCAGGAUUACGUUGAAGGCAGCGUUCUCGCUGCGGUCAUUGUGCUCAAUGUGUCAAUCGGCUUCUAUCAGGAAUAUGGCGCCGAGAAGAAGAUGGACGCCUUGCGUGCUCUCUCGUCGCCUAGUGCUAAUGUCUUGCGCGAUGGCAAAAUUGAGGUUAUUCCAAACUUCCAGGUCGUCCCGGGAGACAUUGUUAUCAUGAAGAUGGGCGACACCGUCCCCGCCGAUGUGCGCCUGUUCGAGGCAAUGAACUUCAAUUGUGACGAGUCUUCGCUGACCGGAGAAGCCAUUCCGGUCGAGAAGAGAGUUGAGAACAACAUCACGGUUCCCGGUACCGACCGAGUCGCCACUAGCGAGGAGGAAGUUGGUAUUGCCGACCGUGUUAACAUGGCCUAUGCGACUACUGUUGUGCGCAAGGGCCGUGGUCGCGGUAUCGUCGUCGCCACGGGAAUGGCCACUGAGGUGGGCAAGAUUGCCGCUUCCACGAGCAAGAAGAAGCGCAAGCCCGGUCGUUCCAUGAACUGGAAGAAGUAUGGCAAGACCCAGCCUAUCAAGGGUGCCGCUCGCCGUGCCUAUGACUUCUUUGGCAAAUUCCUGGGUUUGACAGAGGGCACACCGCUGCAGAUCAAGAUGGCCAAGCUGGCUUACUUCUUGUUUUUCUGCGCCCUGUUGCUCGCCGUUGUUGUCUUUGGCGUCAACAAGUUUGUUAGCCCGCUGCCCACUGAGGUCAUCAUCUAUGCCAUUUCGACUGGCAUUGCCAUAAUCCCAGAGUCACUCGUCGCUGUAUUGACCAUAUCCAUGGUCGUGGCCACCACUGUCAUGCGGAAGGCCAACGUCGUCGUUCGUGACUUGUCUGCACUCGAAGCCCUUGGUGGUGUCACCAACAUUUGCUCCGAUAAGACGGGUACUCUCACGCAGGGCGCCAUGAUUGUCAAGAAGGUCUGGCUGCCUCCCUCGACCGUGUAUAGCGUCAAGGACUCGACCGAUCCCAGCAACCCCCAUGCUGGCAAGGUCACUGUCUCGCAGACCGCCGAUGACAAGGGCGAUGAAGAGAAGCGCGAUUAUGACCAGGAACGCACGACCCAGGCCAUUAAGUUUGAUGUUCCCGACGAAAAGUUGAACCCGAAGCUACAGGAGCCAAAAGAGAGCCAGGCUGAGUUAACCCCUGAGCUGCGUCUGUUCCUGCUUUCCGCCGCUCUGUGCAACCUAGCGACUGUACGCUUAGAUGAGACGGAGGACCGCUGGAAGACGACUGGCGAGCCGACCGAAAUUGCGCUGCAGGUCUUCACCCACCGCUUUGAUCGCGGCAAGAAGACGCUGGAAAAAGAGGGAUGGAAGCAGGUUGCCGAGUUCCCCUUCGACAGCAGCAUCAAGCGCAUGUCGGUCAUCUAUGAUGUGCCCGCCGACCAUCGCCUUGGAGACCUGCUGAAUGAACACGACAGUGUCGUGUUCACUAAAGGAGCUGUCGAGAGGAUUUUGGAUUUGUGUGACUAUAUUGGUAUCGGCGAGAACCAGACUCCGGUAACACCCGACACGAAAGAGAAGGUCCUUCAGCAGAUGACUCACUUUGCCUCGCUGGGUCAGCGUGUACUGGCUGUCGCGUAUCGUCCCUGGAAGGGUCGCUACGUUCCUGGUAAGAACGAUGGCGUUGUUGUAACUGAAAAGGUCACGAGUGCCACCACAGACGAAAGCGAAAAUGGCAGCAGCGACAGCAAUGACGAGGCUGCCCGUGCCGCUGUUGAGACUAAGCUCACUCUCCUUGGCCUAGCGGGCAUCUACGAUCCUCCGCGUCGUGAGACGUCUCCUUCUAUCUUCGACUGCGCCCAGGCCGGUAUCAAGGUCCACAUGCUCACGGGUGACCACCCCGAGACGGCCAAGGCCAUCGCCAAGGAGGUCGGCAUCAUCCCGUCGAACUAUGGCGUGCUCCCCGCUGGUGUGGCCGACACAAUUGUGAUGAAGGCAACCGAUUUCGAUAAGAUGACUGAUGAAGAGAUCGAUGCCCUGGAGGAGCUUCCGUUGGUCAUUGCCCGGUGUGCUCCCGAGACGAAGACUCGCAUGGUCGAGGCUCUUAGGCGGCGUAACGCUUUCAUGGCCAUGACUGGCGACGGUGUCAACGAUGCUCCGUCUCUGAGCAGGGCUGAUGUCGGCAUUGCCAUGGGCAGCGGUAGCGAUGUGGCCAAGUCGGCGGCUAAGAUUGUACUGACUGACGACAAGUUCAACUCCAUCGUUGCAGCUAUCCGCGAGGGCAGGCGCAUGUUUGAGAAUAUCCAGAAGUUUGUGCUGCAUCUACUGUGCAGCAACGUCGGCGAAGUCAUUUUGUUGAUUUGCGGCUUAGCCUUCCAGGACAAGACUGGCUUCUCGGUGUUCCCUAUCUCUCCUCUCGAGAUUCUUUGGAUCAACAUGGUGACGUCGUCGUUCCCUGCCUUUGGUCUGAGCCGUGAAAAGGCCAGCGCCGAGGUCAUGAGGAAGCCGCCGCACGACAAGAAGCGUGGUGUUUUUACCAACCAGAUCCUGGUCGACAUGUUGGUGUAUGGCACUCUGAUGGGUAUCUGCACGCUUGCAACCUUCGUCAUUGUCGUCUUCGGCAAGGACUAUGAUGGUCUUGAGGGAAGAGCCAGGCUUGGUCAGGACUGCAACCGCCACUAUUCCGAUUCGUGCUAUCCCGUGUUCCGUGCCCGUGCCGCUGUUUUUGCUGAGCUCACCUGGCUCAUCCUGGUGAGUGCAUGGGAGUUCAAGAACAUCCGCCGAUCCAUGUUUCAUCUCAACCCGGACAAUAACUCUCGCUGGAGGAUCUUCACCGACCUGUACGAGAACCGUUUCUUGUUCUGGGCUGUUGUCAUCGGUGGUGUCAGCGUCUUCCCGACCGUGUACAUCCCUUACCUUAACCGCGAUGUCUUCAAGCACACCAGCAUCAGCUGGGAGUGGGGUGUGGUCGUCGGCAUGACCAUCCUGUUUGUGCUUGGCAUUGAGACGUGGAAGUACAUCAAGCGCCGGUUCCAUCUGCUCGAGGAUCAUAAGGUGCCUCGCGGUGCUUGGUCGCAGGGUGAAGAAGGCAUGCGUCGUUUGCACCGCACCAUGAGCUUCCGCAGCUGGCGCAGUUGGGGUCGCACCGAGUCCAAGUCUAAGGCCCAGUCGAGCGGCGGGCUGACGCCGGUCCCGACGCAGUCUAAAGCACAGACUCAGCAGCAGGGCGAGUCGUCGCAGUCACAGACGAACGAUAGGGAGCUUCCCCCGGUGUAA